UUACUAUACGAGGUGGGCUUGCGACUGGGCCUGUUAUAACCAUAUCAAGACGCAUGGCCUCAAUAGAUAACCAGCUACAUCAUGAGCUGCGUUUAGAUUAAGACCCUUUGUCACUGUAGACAUAUCGUCUCCUUCCUCUCCCGAUAUCAGAGAAACCGAACAAUCAGAUUUAAUCAUCUCAUUAAUCGAUCAACCACGAUGUAGAAUCAAUGCGGGAUUUAAUUGCGUCUGGCGAUGGGGACGAGUAUAAGAAGUCCGGCCGAUCCUCCUCCACCGUCGAAGUGCGCUUGCUCCGCUUCUGGGAGGCGAAAAACGUUCGCCGUGGUGGAGAGCUCACGGGCGUCGACAUGCUUUUGGUUGAUUCUCAGCUUUUAAUGCAAAUUUCUCUUCUGCAAGUUGGUCUAUCUGAGACUAUAAAAAGUCUGGUCGAUGUUCCUCCACAGUUGAGGUUGGGUUGCUCCAAUUCUUGGAAUCUAGGAAUGUCAAACGCAGUGAGGAACUCAUGUGCGUUUAUUUUCUCUUGUUGGAUGCAAAGAGACAAAGAUGAGAAAUUGGCUUGAGAUAACCCAUAAAUCUCUUCAAUACUUGGUGGGCAUGGAUGAAGCGAAAGCAUUUACCAAGAGCUGAACUCCUCAAUUAAUGUUGAUUUCCAUAUCAUGUGUACUUUGCAACCAGAAAUAAUUUGAAGUUCUAAGUGAUUUAGUUUUGCGGUGGGUUUGUCUUGCAGGUUGUGCUGCAGUUAUAGAGUUUUUCAGUGGCUCCUUCUUUGUUCUGACUUUUUUUGGGUAUGGAAAUCUAGAGGUCCGUUUGAAGGUGGAAACACGGGUUUGAGGAUGUCAUACACUCAAUAGACGGAAAUUAUUUUUUACAGACAUAAUUCUGGUUUAUUGAAUUAAAAAAAGAAAGAGCUUUAUAGAUCCCUUGACUAGGCCUGAGCAUUUUACCCGGACCCGAAGAUCCGACCCGAAACCGACCCGAAAAAACCCGGUCCGGGUAGGAACCGACCCGAUCAAAUUACCCUAUCGGGUCUUGUUGUAGAAGACCCGCGGGUCUUGGACCCGACCCGACCCGAACCCGGAACCCGACGGGUACCCGAAUUAAUAAUGUAAAUUAAAUAAAAUGUAUCGACGGAGAGUUGAAGACGGGUUAUUUGUCAACAGAUCAAAGGGGUCAACCACUAGGAGACAACCAAUUUUUGUUUUAUCUUGCAUAGUUUAGUAUAUAUACACAUUUUAAUAUAAUAAAAACAAAAAUUUUAAAUAAAAUGUCAAAUAUUUUCGGAUAUAUUAAUAUUUUCACAUGUUUUUUUGUAUUUUUAGGUAUUUUUUAGGUCGUACCCGAAUCGAACCCGACCCGAACCCUACCCAGAACCGAACCGAUAAAUUCUAGUUAUCCGAAUGGGUCCAACUAUCUAAGACCCGACCCGACCCGGACCC